GCAUUCGCGAGCAGUCAGUACAACACGGUUCGUGGUCCGCUCCGUUGCUGCUGCUCUCUAAAAGGCAAAAGCAUCAACAUCGGCAACAUCAUCAUCGGCAACUGCAACAGCAACAGUCGCACACAACCCACGCACAGUUUUUAGUGUCUCAGUGUUGCUGAGUGUGAACGGGUUCUCUCGUCUCUCGGUUCUUGUUUCGCACAAAACGAGAAAAAAAAAAGAAAUAAGCAUAACAACAACAGAGCGGAAAAGUGAAAAGAAUUUCGAUUUGGACACUACACGACAUUAUCAUAAUUACAUUUCUGCCAUCUAUAUUAUCUGGCCCCAAACAAACAAAAUGCCGACAAUGACGCAUCUGCUGCUGCUGUCAGUUAUCAUCGCAUCUCUGCAUCUGGCAGUUUCAGCCCAUACUGUCGAAGAUUAUUACGAUGACACUGAAGCACCGCAACAGCCCGGAAAUUUGGAAAAGGUAACAGAGGCCCCCAUAAAAGCCUUCUUUAAGGAGGGGCACGCCAUUGUCUAUGCGAAUCGCAGUGCGGAAAGUGUGAAACUCGAUUGCCCAGUUCAAAACUAUGAUGGCAAUCAUCAUGUGAUUAUGUGGUAUCAGGAUGAAUCGGCGAUUUCCUCCGGCAACAAGUCGAUGGCCAAAGACAUCACCAUCGACGAUCACUUCACCCUGACCGUACCCCUGGAGAAUGCCACCCAUUACAACUUUUCCUGUCUAGUUCAUCCGUACGAAGUGCGACGAUAUGUCACCAUUCAGUACCAGGCCACAAGUGGGGCUUCAUCCAUAGGCUGGCCAGCUGUGAUGGGUUGCAUAUUUGUGGUUGCCACGGCGUUCCUGCAUCCAGCAACACCUCGCUACUGAAGCGCUUGCAUGUGGCACACAUUUAACCAACUGCACCACCGGCACUUGAACUACCUUGCAGUAGGAUUAGACUAACUAUGAUCUAUGUAUUGUAAUUACUUGGAACUGCGCACAGUCAGAGGCGAGCUUGGAGCUUCAGUUGUUGUUCGGCCUGUUUUCGAGUUAAGGAUUCCUUGGUUGUCCUUCAGUGGGACUUCAGACGAUGGCUUAUCUAGUUAAAUGUUAGGUGUUGCUUUAUUACUAGUAGUUUAGACCUAAGAGAUCAUAUAUACAUAUAUACUCCAAUAUAUAUAGUAUGUGUCUAAUUUUAGAUGGUUUGUAUGUGUAUAUAGUAUACGAGUCCAGACAUCGGUAUGUUUAUGUUCAUGUUAAAGCUACUACUUUUCCGACUAUCAAAGGUAUUAUCUUAUUUCCAGUCUUUAUAUCAAAUUUCUAAACUGCUCUCAAAGCUACAACACAUUUCUGCAAGCCUAACCAAAUAUAUAACGCAACAAAUCGGCCUUAAAACAUAUAAAUAUUUGCCUUAGAAUUCAAAGAAUAUAAAACAUAUUUAACUAAAAAAGAGUUUAAGAUAAUAAAGCUAGAAUGGAAGAUAAAAUUUAUUGCAGCAUUUUUAAAGUUCAAUUAUAGAAACGAUGCCUUGAAGGUCUUCUAAAUCACUGAAAGUCAUAGCAAACAUCUUUGGUUUAGUAUAAUCAGUUCAAGAUUAACGAAGAUUCAAAAAAGUAUCUCAAGCAAGUUUAUGUUAAGCUUUAAGUUGUAUUCAUACAUAUAUACAUAGUAUUUUGUUGAACAGUUUUUUAGUGUCUUACAAGUAACUUUGCAAUUCCCUAAAAGAGUAUAAUAAAAAUGAGCUUCUAUAAACAAGA